CUGCAGCGAACGCAUGAGUUAGCACCUAAGUAUACUGUGGUUAGCACUGAUCAACCUGUGAAUAUUGUUUCAUUUUCAUCUAUUCCGAAACUAAAUAUUAAUUGGGAGUUAAUAAAUAGCAUGAAAUAAAAUGGCAGAAAUAGAGUUGUCUAAAGCGUUGCGUGACUUACCAAAUCGAGUUCUGUCAGCUAAGUGUGAUGAGAGAAAAGAUUUGUUUCAAAGCGUGACAUCUGUGCUAAAUAAUCCUGGUGUUAAUGCGUCUAUUGUGAAAGGCUUAUGUAAAGUAAUUGGAACGACGUUGACAAAAUACAAGGAUACACCUUCUCAAAUUCUUGUCAGAAAUUUAAUUGUGGAUAUCGUAAAACAGCAUCAUGACGUGGCUACUGAAAGUCUUAGCUCUGUAGUUAGAACCAUCUUAAACAAAGAAAUUUUAAUUUUGUCCCCUCAAAGGUCUGCAAAGUAUUCACUUAUUGCUUUAGGAUGGACUGAUUUAAUUAUAAGAAAUGGAGAUUAUAAUUCGAACAUAUUUAAAACGGAAUAUUCUAAGUUGGUAGAAUGCCAAAGUAUAUUGUAUUAUAAUAUAUAUCUUUCCUAUAAUAUGCGCAUAAUUGAUAUGGCUGAGAAAUUACUAUUUGAUUCGUGGAUAAAUUCAGAGAAUUACAUACUUUGCUCGUCUACAAUUAUAUUAAAGGAACCCGCAUUUAACAUUAUCAACUUUUUAAUGUUACUUUUACGAUUUGAACAUUUCAAAGGACAUGAAGAAUAUAUACUAAACAGGCACAAAUCGGAACUACUUCAGCACUUUAUUAAAAGUAUUAUUAUUAAUAAAACAAGGCCACAAUCUGCAAUUGUAAUGGCUUGUGAGCCAUUGUUAACAAUAAUUACACAAAAGGAUUUUGAAGAACUGAUACAUCCGGUAUUACUUAAAUCCAUAUUAAGGAGUCCGGAAAUGGCAAUACGUGUGAUGGGAUUAAUUUUUCACAAAUUAAAUAUAGAUUUAAGUGAAUAUGCCUCAUCAUUAGGAAAGGUGCUGCUACAUCAUUUAUAUUGUAAGGAUGACAUAGUGAGAGGGGAAUCUUUAGAAACGCUGAAGGAAUUAUCGCUUAAGUGCACCACUAUCGAUUCGGUUGAAUAUUUACUGAAAGGAAUUUUCGACACUCUUAAUGGACGCAAUGGUAAAAUAACAGUAGCGGAGUACAGAAUACAUCUGAUUCAGGGUGCAGGAUACUUAAGUUGCAAUGGAAUUUCUGACARGGAAACACCAAUUGUAUUACAUCUCGCUAUGGAACUUUUUUCGAAGGCGUUACAGACUGAAAUUCAAGAAAGGGUUAUUUGCUGCACCUUGGAUAUGUUUAGCUUGUGGAUGUUAAAAUUUAUUGGUGAAUUACCAAAAUCAAUCAUCGAUAUUUUUAAAAGGGGGUUGGAUCUAAAAACGACUACGCAAACAGUAAGAAUAUCAUAUCUUCAAUGGUUUCUAGCUGGUCUUAACAAUGCAAAAUUACACCAUGAUCUCAAUUUGACACCCCUACUUAUAAAAAUAGUAGAGAAAGGAUUACAAAGUCCUCUACAAAUUUCACUUGUAUGUGAAUCGGUUUGCGCUACUUGCAUCAUUAUACAAACAAUUACAAUAACUAAUGAUCCCUUAUUUGGAAGUUUUUGGAACACUGUAUUUGACGUGAAUAAGCUGAUAUUUUUUUCCGAACGAUUCAUGGCAGCUGCACCCCCUGAAACAUUAUGCUACGUAUCAUUGAUGGCUGAAAAAUUAUUAACGCAAUACUCUGAUAAACUUAAAGGUUCAUUGAGUGUUUUAUUCAAGGCUAUAGUUUAUAAUUUGAUUUCAAAUUCCGAAAAGCUGAGAACAUAUACUCUGAGUUUACUCCCAAGAUUGAUGAAUGCAAUCGAGGGUGUAGAUUAUAUUAAUAAUAUUAUGGUCGAACUAGAAAAUCAGUUAGACAAUAUUAAAUUCAGUACCGAUUAUGAUGGUUAUCAUGAAGAAAAUCUUGCUACUUCAAAUAUUUUAGUAGAAAUAAUGCAAAGUAUAUGCAAUUUUCAACAAAUUCCUGGUGAAGCUAAAAAACUAGCUUUGCAGGCUCUACUUAUAUGCCAUCACCCUGGAGUGUUUUGUAACAACUCAGUUUUGUGGGAAACCAUUUUAAAAAGCAAGUUAAAUUUUGAUCCAGAAAUAUUUGUUUCGGUUAAUGCUAAAGACAUUACAAAUAUAAUAAUUGAUAAAUUUCAAUUGAAAAAAACCUAUGAAAACUCAAUUUCUACAAUUAUUCGACUAAGUCCUGGGAAAUUAUUACCAAUACUAAUGCAAAAAAUUAUUACGGAUUUACUAAGUGUUGAAAGUAGUAAUAUUACUGAAGAGGAAUACUACAUAUAUUUAACAUCAAAACAAGAGAUGCCCGAUGAUAAAGCUGUUAAAAAUGAAGGAAACGGGCGAGAAAACAAACAUCAAAAUGAAAAAACAAUCAGUAGUGAAAGUGAGAAAAAACGAUAUAAGGGCAAAGCAAACCUAUCAGAACUUUCACAGAAACAGCAAGAGGCUAUUAAAAAUCAAAUUGAGAAAGAAAAUUAUACAAAAGAACGUGUUGGCCUUCUUAACAAAAAAUUAAAAAGUGCCAUAUCUAUGUUAGAGGCGGCAUUCGCAGGAAAUCCUAAAGCAGUUUCAUUACAUUUUCAUAAGUUAUUAAUGCAACUAUUAAAGUUACUUUCAUGUCCAAUCGCAGGAGAAUCGUUGGCARAACUUUAUUUCAAAUUACGAGAAGCAUGCUUUGAAGAUAGUUUCGAAUUGGGCAGAGAUAUUGCUAUAAUGACUUUACGUCUAGAAAACCCACGGUUAGAUCUACCAAAUGAAUGGAUAACAAAUGAUAUGAACGAGAUCAUCAAAAGUAUUUUMYUUAACAUUAAUAAAAUCUUACUACMCCGUCAUACUGAUGAAGGUGAAAAKGGAUCAAACACUCUAUUUAGUGCCCCKUCCUUCACAUAUACAUUUGAGUUUUUAAUACGAGCGUUUGCGACAGAUUUCGUAGCGAACAGCGAAGAAUUGUUGUUGAUUGGYAUUCAAUUGAUUGAAAGUCAUGCUCAAAUUAGAGGCUUUACGGUGUUUGGUGAAGUUACAGACUACAAUCAUCCUAAGUAUAUGNCUCGUUUAGAAAUGUCGAAAUUAUUACUCAAUUUGAUAAAUAUUUACCAAGGAAGAGUUCAAACACAAGCCGUAGGUGCAAUGUUGGAAGUGGCAAACUUAAGUUCUGGCGAAGAUUACUGCGCAUAUGCUACUGACGAUGAGAUAGAGCUAUUUUUAAAUUCAUUGGAAAACAGCAAAGAGUCAGUAAGAGAAGUUGCAUUGAGGGUUCUAAAAAUUAUUAAAAAAGUUAUUUUGAUUAACAAUGAAAUGCACCAAAAUUUAAUUUCUCGUUUGAAACUUCUAUUAUGGAUUGCUAUAUAUGACACCUCGGAUGAAAAUCGAAUAUUAGCUUCAGAUUUGUGGGAAGCGGCUAAAUUUUCACCACCUGAAUUAGAUGAUGUUCUUUUGCUAGUUACACAUAAGGAGCUAUGUAUCCAAAAAGCUGCUUCUGCAUCUCUAGUGCAAUUACUUUCCACUAACCAUCAACAGGUAAAAUAUACAGUAAAAUCCUUACUCGAAAUAUACAGAGAAAAACUGACCAUGAUUCCUCCUAAAUUGGAUCAAUUCGAUCGAGAAAUUUUUCCUGCUAUAGAUCAAUGGGAGCCUCGAAGAGGAAUUUCAAUAUCAAUAUCACAAGUUUCAAAAUUUUUUGAUGUUGACGACGUUAACGAAAUUAUGCAAUUUAUGGUAGCGCAAGGAUUUAGAGAUCGUAAUGAAACUGUCCAUAAAGAAAUGCUUGCCUCUGCCCUUUGUAUAGUGGAUUGUCAUGGAAAAGAAACCAUAGUCAAUUUGUUACCUGUUUUCGAAGACUUUUUAGACAAAGCACCGAAAUCACAAAGCUACGAUAACGUUAGACAAGCUGUGGUCAUUUUAAUGGGAUCAUUAGCUCGACACUUAGAAGCUGAUGAUACUCGAAUUGAACCAAUAGUGCGAAGAUUAAUUUCAGCACUGUCAACACCUUCUCAACAAGUACAGGAAGCUGUGGCUAAUUGCUUACCACAUUUAGUUUCAUCGGUAAAAGAGAAAGCUCCUGAAAUUAUAAAAAAGKURUUGCAACAAUUAAUAAAAUCUGAUAAGUAUGGAGAGCGGAGGGGUGCAGCUUAUGGAAUUGCGGGCAUUGUAAAAGGUUUGGGAAUUUUGUCAUUGAAACAAUUCGAUAUAAUGUCAAAACUAACGACAUUUAUACAAGAAAAAAAAAUUAUAAAUCACGGGAAGGUGCACUUUUUGCUUUUGAAGUACUUGUACAACGCUUGGACGUUUAUUUGAGCCUUACAUUGUUCAUGUACUACCUCAUCUAUUGCAAUKUUUUGGAGACUCUUCUCAAUACGUUAGGCAAGCGGCUGAUGAUACGGCUAAAGUAGUUAUGGGCAAACUUUCCGCACAUGGAGUUAAACUUGUUCUUCCAUCUUUACUUAAUGCGUUAGAUGAAGACUCCUGGCGAACGAAGACAGCUUCUGUUGAACUGUGGGAGUUAUGGCUUUUUGUGCACCCAAGCAAUUGUCAUCAUGUUUACCUAAUAUMGUUCCAAAACUAAUCGAAGUACUUGGUGACUCACAUACUAAGGUGCAGGAAGCUGGUGCCGAUGCACUCAAAGUCAUAGGAUCCGUAAUAAAAAAUCCCGAAAUUCAAGCUAUCGUUCCCAUAUUGUUGACAGCUUUAGAAGACCCAUCAAAAAAUACUUCAAAUUGUUUGCACAGUUUACUUCAAACAAAAUUUGUACAUUUUAUAGAUGCACCAUCUUUGGCCCUAAUAAUGCCURUGGUUGAGCGAGCUUUCAUGGAUAGAUCUACCGAAACUCGAAAAAUGGCAGCUCAAAUCAUAGCUAAUAUGUAUUCCCUUACCGRUCAAAAGGAUUUAGUGCCAUAUUUACCUAAUAUAAUUCCUGGUCUAAAGAUGUCUCUGCUUGAUCCCGUGCCGGAGGUUAGAUCAAUUUCUGCCAGAGCAUUAGGAGCUAUGGUUCGUGGAAUAGGUGAAUCUUCAUUUGAAGAUCUACUACCAUGGUUGAUGCAAACCUUGACAUCAGAAUCUAGUAGUGUCGAUCGCAGUGGAGCAGCUCAAGGUCUUGCCGAAGUUGUUGGUGGUUUAGGAGUGCAAAAGUUACAUCAAUUAAUGCCUGAUAUUAUUACAACAGCRGAGAGAACAGAUAUUGCUCCACAU